UUAUAACGCGAAACAAGACAAAUCAUCAACAAAUCUAAAAUUUACUUCCGUCCACUCAUUCAUAAUAAUAUUUUCCAUUCUUCCUUUGAAGCCGACCCACACUUGGUAGAUUGGGCGUGUUCGAAAAACGACAGAUCCGAUUUCCGUCCCUUUCGCCUCCGUCGAUCUACACCAGACCUUUGAAGAUGGCUAGGAGGAGAAGGCCGCCGCGGGCCGGCGCAGUGAACGAACUCCCCCCUCUACGAAUCCUUAGCCAGAUCGCGGCACUACAGAGUAUAUACUAUGCUGCGGCGCUAGUUUUGAUGCUGUUCACAUCCUUAGUCUCCGGCACGCGAUUCAAGCUGGACCUCAUUUUUGGGUGGGCAGAGAUGCGCGGUGAUACCACACAGGGUUGGUUGUUGGGCUUUGUCUGGCUAUGCUGUGCCGGAGUUGUAGUCAUAGCCAUGAUGUCCUUUAUAGGUCGAUCGAAGCUUGUCCUCGACUUCGCGCUUACCCUCCACUUCAUCCAUCUCGUUAUCGUCACAUUUUACACUGGAUUCCUUCCACGACACGUUGCAUGGUGGGCGACGCUAAUAUUAUCGAGUGUUGUUACGGUAAUAGGGGGCACUUACGGCUGUCGGUGGAGGGAAUUACGGCCUAUCAGUUUUGGGGGCAACGGGAGGAACGCCGCUAACGGCGAAGGAAGCUCUCAGGCUGCGACAGAAAACAGAAAUACGGGUGGGGAGCCUGGUGACGAAGAAAUGGGCUUCUCAAGAGGCCGUGGGAGAGGUAGGGGAAGAGACGGGGCGGGUGAAUACGAAAUGGUUGGCAUGAAAAAUGACGGGAACCGGUGACGAACACCAUGGUUCCUAUCUGCUGUGGAUCUGAUGGAUUCUUUUUCCAUGCUGUAUGGAUAUUGCAUUGCACGGCGUUGGCUUGUUUGAAGAUUAGACGACGUCCGCAGUCUCGAGACUGUGUGUGCGUGCCACAUAUUACGAUAUUAUAUCUGAUUAUAGGGACGGGGUAAUAGCAGAGGCAAAGCACAUACUAUGGUGAAGACAGGUACCU